AUGGGCUGGACUAUGACUCUAAAAGAUGACUUGGGGGUCAUUUCCUGGACACGGCAAGCUGGGAACUACCUUGGCUUCCUUCUCCUCUUCUCCCUUGUUUCCAUUUCGGUCCAGUCAGACAUCGUUUUUCCUAAGGACCGUCAUUUUUCAUGGAAAGCAGGCCAGUGGGGUCAGUGUAUCGGGGAGCAGUGUGGUUCUGGCGGGGUUCAGGCAAGGACAAUAUGGUGUGUCCACACGGAGGGCUGGACUACCCACCAUACCCACUGCCAGCACAUUGACAAGCCAGAAAGCCAGCGGCACUGCUUUAAGGUCUGCGACUGGCACCAGAACCUGUUUGAGUGGGAGGUGUCGGACUGGGGGGGCUGUGUUCUCAUCCCUUUCUUCUCCAACGAGCUCAAGCUGAGGACGGCUGAGUGCAUAACAGCGCAGCACGGUAUCCAGAGGCGCAAAGUCCACUGUGUGCGCACUUCAAACCGUACCACAGUAAACUUGAGGAUAUGUGAGUUCUUUUCCCAGAAGCCACCUGUGGAGCAGGCUUGUCUAAUCCCCUGCCCUCAAGAUUGUGUGGUUUCAGACUUUACCUCCUGGUCCAGUUGCAGCAAAACGUGCGGCGCUGGCCUGCAGCAUCGGACUCGACAUGUUCUGGCCACGCCAAUGUUCGGAGGUGAAAGCUGCCCCAAUUUGACGGAGACCAGGACUUGUUCUGGUUCUGUUGACUGCCCUGCUGGGGAGGGCGAGUACCAGUACAGCCUUAAAGUAGGGGCCUGGAGCGAGUGCCGACUACCACAUCACAAGGACGCCCUGUUGAGUGGUAGGACCACAGUGGACUUCAGCACCAGCUCCAAUGAGAACAACACAGUCACAUUGCACAUGCAGACUUCACACCACCACCAUCAUGCCCAUCACCAACAGCACCAUGUUCACCAGACCCCCAUGUCAUGGGAGCUGGAGGUGGGAUACCAGACACGACAAGUCCGCUGCACACGGAGUGACGGCAAGAACGCUAUGCUGAGCCUGUGUACCAGGGACAAUGCCCCCUUGACCUUUCAGGCCUGUGUGAUGCCGGAAGACUGUCAGACAUCUGAUUGGUCAUCGUGGAGUCCCUGCUCCAAGACCUGCCGCUCCGCCGACCUGUCUCCAGGUUACCGCCUCCGGUCACGGAUCAUGGCGCAGAUCCCCGUCGGAGGGGGGAAGCGUUGUCCUGCCCUUGAGGAAAAAGAAGCUUGCAACAUCAUAGGAGAUUUGCUUCCAAACUGCCCGAGGUAUGUGUGGAGGGCCACUGACUGGGGCGACUGUCGCAUCCUCCCCUUGUUGAGCCAUCAGGACCAGCGGCUGGCAAACAUCUCCAUUCUGUGUGGAAGCGGGAUCCAAACCAGAAAGACCUAUUGUGUUCAAGUCCCCGACGACUCAGCACCACAUCACAGGAAGGAGGUGUCCAGGCCUGUGAAUGGUAGGCUGUGCGCGGGUGAAGAGCCCCCCUCGGCCGUUCAGCAGUGCGCCAUCCCCUGCCAGCCCCUCUGUCUGCUCUCCCAGUGGUCCCCCUGGGGCGCCUGCCUACAUGACAAUUGCAGAGAGCCACAGGGGAAGAAAGGUUUCAGACAGAGGAGGAGAGAGGUCUUGUGGGAGUCCAGCAGUCCUCCGGAGACCUGCCCUCAUUUGGUGGAGUCCAUCCCCUGUGAGGAUCCCGCCUGCUACCUGUGGCAGGUCCAACAUGAAGAAAGAUGCAUUCCCAAUAACAGCUCCUGCGGUCCGGGAACCGCAGCCCGGAAUGUGACCUGUGUCAGCGCUGAAGAUGAGGAUGUGCCCAUCGCCCGGUGUGUAGACGACCCUCCCCCCACAGAAGUGUACUGCGAGGUGGCCUGUCCUGCAGACUGUGUGGUUGGCCCCUGGUCGUCCUGGUCUCCCUGCUCACACAGCUGUGCCACCAAGACAGCCGAGGGUCGACAGAGCCGUACUCGCACUGUGUUGGCCAUCCCAGGGAAAGAGGGGAGGGCGUGUCCUGCAGCUCCAGCCCUGGAGGAGUGGAGGGUCUGCAAUGACCACCCUUGUAUGAUGCUAUAUUGGGAGGCGUCAGCGUGGGGACCCUGUAUUGAGGAUUCCUUCAUGGAGCCCAAUGGAACCAGCUUCCUGAACGGGACUCCCACCUGUGCCAUGGGGGUUCAGAUCCGCAAAGUCAGCUGCAUAAAGACGAACGUUGGAGCUGUCACAAGUAAAAGGUGCUCAGAUUCUGCUCGUCCACAAACCGUCCGGCCCUGUCUGCUUCCCUGCAAGAAAGAUUGCGUUGUUACACCCUUCAGUGAAUGGACAGCCUGCCCAUCAACCUGUAUGCCAGGAAAUGCCACUGCUGCCACUCAGUCUCGAUACAGGACCAUCAUUCAGAGGUCUGCUAAUGGAGGUCAAGAGUGCCCUGACACGCUGUACGAGGAGAGAGAGUGCGAAUCGCUUCCCGUGUGUCCGGCCUAUAGUUGGAGAACACACAAGUGGCACGGCUGCAGUACGGUUCCAGAUUCUGUUCGCCGUGGAUUAUCUGCCGGCGAAGCCUGUGGAAAUGGUCUGGAAACAAGAGGAAUCAGUUGUGUAGAGGAGAGCGGUGAGUCAGCCAACAUGACAGACUGCUUGGGAUGGGCUGGCCCCUUACCCCCUCAGAUCAGACAGUGCCGGAUAACCUGCAAGGAUGACUGCACUCUAACUGCUUGGUCCACAUUUUCUGAAUGCGCUGGAUGUGGCAGCGUCCGCAGUCGCAAGCGUUCACUCACAGGUCGCAGUAAAAAGAAGGAUCAUUGUCUGGUUAAGGAGUUGUACCCGCUUGAGGAGAGCGAAACGUGUCCCUGUGAUGAGUUUUUGUCCCAGCCUUUUGGGAACUGGUCCGCAUGCAUCCUCCCUGACCCUUCGGCCCCCAGCUCCCUGCAGGGCUGGAUGAGCCAGCGAGAGGUGAAGGAAUGUAGCCAAGGUCUCCGCUACAGAGCUGUGGCCUGCAUUAACCAGCAGGGACACCUGGUUAACCCCACUCUCUGUACAGACUCAGGCUACAUGGUGGAGGUUUGCCACAUCCCCUGCCCCCUGGACUGUAAGCUCAGCGACUGGUCUGCCUGGUCCGCCUGCAGUGCGUCCUGUGGCAGCGGGUUGAAGAUCAGGUCCAAGUGGCUCAGAGAGAAAGCUUUCAACGGGGGACGCCCAUGCCCCAAGCUGGAUUUGAAAAAUCAGGCUCAGGUGUACGAGGCUGUGCCGUGCCACAGUGAAUGCAGCCAAUAUGAGUGGAGGAUCGAGCCCUGGUCCAUUUGUACCAUCAACACUGUGGACGACCUGCCAGCCUGUGGGGAGGGAGUCCAAAGUCGCAAGAUCAGGUGUGUGAAGCAGGCAGCAGCGAGUGGGGAGAACAACACUUUGGAGGACAGUCUGUGUGAUCAGGAUGAAAUGCCGUCCACAGCCCAGGUCUGCUUCCUGGCAUGCGCCAACGACUGCGUCAUAGCACCCUGGGGUCCCUGGACCAACUGCCCUGUGCAAUGUGACCAAGGAACAGCGCGGAACAGGAGCAGACACAUCCUACGCCUUCCCGCCUCUGAAAGCUCAGCCUGUCCAGAGCUGGUCCAGACCGAGCCCUGCAUCCUCAACAGCACCUGCUUCUCCUACGACUACACAGUCUCAGACUGGAGCACUUGCCAGCUGAGUGAAAAUGCCAUCUGUGGUCAGGGUGUACGGUUGCGCCUCCUUGACUGUAUUCGCAGCGAUGGCAAGAUUGUGGAGUUGAAGAAGUGCGAGCAGUUGGGUCUGAUCAACAAGUGGAGGCUGAUGGAGAGCUGCGUCGUCGGCUGUCCUGUCAGCUGUUUACUCUCCGAAUGGUCACCGUGGGCUGAAUGUUCCCACACCUGCGGUAAUCAAGGUCAGUCCGUGCGCACCAGGAGAAUCCUUCAGGAGGCUCAUGAGGAGGGUCGGCCUUGUCCAAACCAGCUCACCCAGACUAAACCAUGUCCCAUAAGGCCUUGCUAUACGUGGCUGCUCAGUGACUGGUCCAAAUGCACUGUAGAGGGUGCAGAGUGUGGCGAGGGGCUUCGGAAAAGGAGCCUGUCAUGUGUGGUCCAUCGUGGCAGCUGGCCCGAGUCUCCUCCCCAGCCAGUGGACGAGGAGCUUUGUGGAGACGAACUGAGGCAGCGGAUCCAACAGGAGAUGGAGCAACCCUGCUUCGUCCCCUGCCCAGGAGACUGCCAUUUGACCGUGUGGUCGUCUUGGAGCUCUUGCCAGCUGACAUGCCUGGAGGGACGAAGUUUCGAGACCACCGGGCGCCAAGCUCGCUCUAGAGCCGUUAUCAUUCAGGUCAUGGAGAACCAGGGAAGCUGUCCAAAUCAAGUGUUUGAGACCCAGCCCUGUAAAGGGGGGAAAUGCCACAGUUACCAGUGGAGGACGGGAGGAUGGAGCAACAACGAGCGAGCAGUGUGGUGCCAGCGCUCUGACGGUGUCAAUGUUACAGGGGGUUGUUUCCCGCAGAAAAGGCCCACCACGAUCAGACACUGCCAUCCUCCGUGCACCAAACCCUUCUCACACUGCACACCGAGCGGAGUGUGUGGGUGUGAGAAGGGUUACACUGAAGUGAUGACCACGCACGGCUUCUUGGACUACUGCACCAGAACCCCGGGGGUGGACAACAACAAGAAAGCUGAUGUGAAAACCAACUCUGGAAGAUUAAAACCGGGGCCGUCUCAGGCCCAGGACCUCUUCAGCGAGUGGACCUUGCGCCCUGUUGGCCCAGAUGGAAGAGUAAAGCUGUGGGUUUACGCCGUGACCGCCGUUGGAUUCAUCUUAAUACUCUUCAUUAUUGCAUUAUCCUUCCUGGUAUGCAAUCCAUCCAAAAGCACUAAGGCGUCUCUCCCACCGCAGAAACCCUUGACCCUGGCCUACGAUGGUGACAUGGAUAUGUAACCUCGCUGUUAUACCUCACAAGGACGUGCUCGCCUCGCACAGACUCCUGAAUGCGUUCAGAUUGUAAGCAAGCACGUCCAUCACAUACUUCUGAUUGUUGGCCACUUUGAGCCGGGGGGGAACAUUUGCUGUACUGCCAAAAACGCAGCAGGAAGAACAAACCUGAUUUGCUGCUGAAGGGUGAUGUGACCCAGAAUUUUGGCUUCAACCAACCAUACUCCCGGAAGAAGAAGAGGCGACCAUGGUGAAAAAGGAGACAGAAGGUCUCAAGACAUACAAAAUGAAUGGACCUCUAGUUUAUUUUUUUUUAACUGCUUGCAAUGUGAACAUAAAGUGGUUGCAACCCAGAAGUCAUGAGGCCCAAUUGAAGUCAGAGUGGAUUCACAGAUGUUGAUUUUCGAGGUUUUAUUUUGUCAAGAAUCAGAGGGACCAACUGAUGUGUUGUCUUGUCUUUGUGUCAAGAGGGAGACAAAACAUCUCGAGUGAGCAGUCAUGACAUUCAAAGAUGGAAAAACAGAACGUUUGACGUUUGACUUUGUUUCAUCAGUGCCCGAUCUUUGUAAAAGGAAAUGUCACACACCUUUUAGGUAAACAAACAGCCUUUUUGGAAUUCCUGAGAAUAAACACGAUUUUCUAUGCACUACGUUAGUGCUGAUUCACCUUUGUUUGUUUUUUUCCUUUAAAAAUGACUUUUCUAGUGUUUUAAUUGUAAUGCAAAUUGUUGCUGUCAGAUUGUGAUGCCAUAUGUUGUGUAUAUGUGGAAACCAAAAGCAGGCUGGCCUUGAGUUUAACAAAACAAUGAUGCAGUAAGUUUUCCUUCACUGAUUCCCAUUUGAUUUCUUAACCAUUAAGUACUCGAUUAAGAAACAACUUAAAAAAUGUGGAAUUAAGUCCUAAAAACUGACUGCUCUGAUACAUCGAUUAAAAAAACACAAACAAACCUUUAAUGCAAAUUAUCAGAUACCAGCAUAAUAAAUCAUACCUCAUAAAUACCGUCUUAUCAAACAAAAACAAAAGAAACACUGUUUAUCAAAGCAGAUACACAAAUAGAGAUGAAGAAUUAUCCACUGGAUCACACACAGUGUAUUUUUAGAGCAAAUAUGUUUUAAUUAUUUCAAAAGGAUGUCAUACUUCUCUUUCUUUUUACACCAUUUAUUCCCUACCAUUACACCCAAAAGAAAAAUCAGAGAGGAAUGUGUGGUGUUCUUUUCUUCCUGUUAUUAUUUUCAUUUCUUACACCACAUUAUCAAAAUCUGGAAGACAGCAAAUGCCCAAAAAUUAUGAGCACAUAUUAACUAAAUAGUUUACCUUUGUUUUUAAUUUUUUCAGAUCAUUCUCAAAUGACAGCAAAGCCAAAAGACAAUAAUUUUCAGAUGCUCACACAGGAAAUUUGAUUUACUGACACAAUAAGACAAAAACAAUCUUAUUGGACCACAAAUAAUAAACAUUUCAUCAUGAACUAUACUUUACAACGUAAUUACAGUUCCAGUCACCCACAAAUUCCAGUUUCUGUUAUCAUCAUGUAUUCAUGGAUCUUUCAGUGCAUUAUUCAUUCGAGCCAGUGGAGAUAUAGGUUCCUCAUAUUUGGUGUUCCUUUCACUGACCAGAGUUUACGCUAUUUCUCUUCCUGCCUCCACAAAAUGAAGCUUUGGUCUUUUGUUAUCUGACCUCCUUCUGAAUGUAUUUUACCAGUAACUCUAUAAUCUUAACGGCUGUUCAAAUAUAGUUGUUACAAUUAUAUUUACACAGCUGAUUGUAUGUAAGCAUGCUUGAUCCAUUUUUGACAGAAAGUGCUCCGAGUGGCCUUUGAGAAAAUUCCUUUUUACAAGUUGACAAACAUUUUACAGUAAUUUUCUUUAACGCGUUGUUUUCUAACAUUUGGUCAACAGCAGGACAUUUGAUAAAUGUGAAGAAGAUGUGGAAUCCAAUUGUGAGACAUUUCUAGACAAUAUGAUCAACUAAUAAGCACGUUAUCUGGUGAAAUGUCAAUAAUAAAACAGCCAACUUCUGAACUGAUUCCAUUAGGUUAUAUCCAGGAAAAACCUAAAAGUAUGUUCACUCAUUGUUUACAGUACCAUGCUAUUUGUGUUACUAUUGUGUGUACAUGGAGAGCUGGACAAAAAUGCAAAAUAAAUUGUGGAACCAUGUGGAAAUAAAUAACACC